CCAUAGACAAUGUUGUGGGCACGUCAAUGGUACUGUAAUAAUCAACUGAAUAAUCUAACGUUGAAGACUUAGUACAGAGCUAACCACCCAUGAGAGCCAAAGGAAUGGACCAAUAUAAUGUUAUCUCAAUAUUUGCCAAUCAAGAACAAUGAAUCAUAGCAUCCUAUGAAUCAGAGCACAAACCGGUCACCAAAACAAAAUGAAGUUUAUUCAUGUGGUUUUGCUUCUCAUGAUCACAGCUUAUGGCAUCUUUGAAUCAGUUCAAGCUCAAGAUCAAUCAGGAUUCAUCAGUUUGUCUUGUGGGUUGGUCCCUAAGAACACAACUUAUACAGAGAAGACAACGAAUAUAAUAUACAAAUCAGAUGCAGAUUACAUCGAUAGUGGAUCCGUUGGGAGGAUCAGUAAUGAAUACAAAGCGCUGUUACAGCAACAGGGUUGGACCUUAAGAAGCUUCCCCGAGGGUGACAGGAACUGUUACAACUUCAACCUAAAAGCAAAUAGCAAAUAUUUGAUCAGGGGAUCCUUUGUGUAUGGGAAUUAUGACGGUCAGAAUAAGAUCCCCAAGUUUGAUCUUCACAUUGGUCCUAACAAAUGGACUUCCGUAAAAUUGGAAGGAGUAGGAAAUGGUUCGAUCUACGAGAUGAUCCAUGUCUUACCUCAAGACCAUUUACAAGUUUGUCUUGUUAAGACAGGAAAAACAAUACCGUUUAUCUCCUCCUUAGAACUUCGUCCGUUGAACAAUAACUCUUACGUCACGCAAAGUGGAUCAUUGAUUGCUGUCUCAAGAGUUUACUUCACAGCUACUCCACCGUUCGUUAGGUAUAAUGAGGACUUCCAUGACCGAACCUGGAUUCCACACUUAGAUAACCAAAUCGUUUCGAUAAGUACGAACCUUUUGGUCAACACAAGCAACUCCUAUGAUGUGCCACAAACUGUGGCGAAGACUGCUGCUAUACCUGCUAAUACUAGUCAACCUCUGACCUUAGAUUGGAGUCUCGACGAGAUCAAUGCACAGUCAUAUAUAUACAUGCAUUUUGCUGAAAUCCAGGAUCUUGAGGAUGAUGAGAUCAGAGAAUUCAACAUUACUUACAAUGGUGGCCAAAAUUGGUACUCUUAUUUUCGGCCUCGAAAACUCAAAAUAAUAACUAUAUACAAUCCAAGAGCUGUGAGUUCUCCAGAUGGGAACUUCAAUUUCUCUUUUGUAAUGACUGGGAAUUCAACUCUUCCUCCUCUUAUCAAUUCCUUUGAGGUCUAUAAAGUCUUGGACCUUUUACAACUCGAGACAGACCAAGAUGAAGUUUCUGCUAUGGUAAACAUCAAAACAACAUAUGAGUUGAGCCAAAAGGCUAGCUGGCAAGGAGAUCCAUGUGCUCCUCAGAUUUACCGGUGGGAAGGUUUAAACUGUAGUUAUCCAGACUCUGAGCCACCGCGGAUCAUAUCCUUGAACUUGGCAGAAAACAAUUUGACCGGUACCAUAACAACUGAAAUAUUCAAGCUAACACAGUUGAUAGAGUUAGAUUUAUCAAAGAAUGAUUUGUCAGGAGAGAUUCCAGCCUCUUUUGCUGAUAUGAAGUUGUUGAAACUCAUAAACUUAAGUGGAAAUCCAAAUCUCAAUAGAACAAUUCCAGACUCUCUUCAGCAAAGGUUAAAGAGCAAUUUUUUAACACUAAUUCUGGGUGAUGCUCUGAACCCGACUGUCAAAAGCAAGAGUAAGAAGGUUCCAGUGAUUGCUAUUGCAGCGUCAUUGGCUGGCGUGAUUGCUCUGGUAGUUAUCUUGGCCAUCUUUUACAUCAUUAGAAAGAAAAAACCGAGAAGAAAUGCGGAUCCAGUACCCCCAUCAGUCACUACAGGUUUAGAUGAAAGUGAGCCAAAACCAUCCAAUCCAUCAAUCAUAACAAAAGACCGCAGGAUCACCUACCCCGAGGUACUGAAGAUGACUAACAACUUUGAGAGGGUGCUUGGCAAAGGAGGCUUUGGAACAGUAUAUCAUGGAAACUUGGAUGAUGCUCAAGUAGCUGUGAAAAUGCUCUCUCAUUCGUCAGCUCAAGGUUAUAAAGAGUUCAAAGCAGAGGUGGAACUUCUUUUAAGAGUUCACCAUAGACAUUUGGUGGGACUUGUUGGGUACUGUGAUGAUGGAGAUUACUUGGCUUUGAUCUAUGAAUACAUGGCUAAUGGAGACCUGAGGGAGAAUAUGUCCGGAAUACAUGGACGCAAUGUCCUAACCUGGGAAAACAGAAUGCAAUUAGCCGUAGAGGCAGCACAAGGACUCGAGUAUCUGCACAAUGGAUGUAGGCCUCCAAUGGUCCAUAGAGAUGUGAAAACUACCAACAUCUUAUUGGAUGAGCGGUAUGGAGCGAAACUAGCAGACUUUGGACUCUCGAGAUCUUUCCCUAUUGAUGGUGAAUGUCAUGUCUCUACAGUGGUUGCAGGCACACCUGGUUACUUGGACCCUGAGUACUACAGAACAAACUGGCUAAGCGAGAAGAGUGAUGUGUACAGCUUCGGGGUGGUGCUAUUAGAGAUAGUCACAAACCAGCCUGUGAUAGAUAAAACCCGAGAGAGACCUCACAUUAAUGAGUGGGUUGGGUUCAUGCUCACCAAAGGAGACAUAAGGAGUAUUGUUGACCCUAAACUGAUGGGGGAUUAUGACACAAACGGUGCGUGGAAGAUCGUAGAGCUUGCUCUGGGUUGUGUGAACCCGUCUUCGAACAGAAGACCAACAAUGGCGCACGUUGUGAUGGAGUUAAAUGAGUGUGUGGCAUUGGAAAAUGCAAGGAGACAAGGUAGUGAAGAGAUGUAUUCGAGAGGUUCGGUUGACUUUAGUCUCUCUUCUGCUUCUGAAUUUACCCCUGGAGCCAGAUAAAUUGACAAUUUACAAAUUUAUGUUUUUAAAGAAACAACGAAACAUUCUA